AUGGGCGGUAGAGGUGAGGAUUUCAAAAAAUUGGCAAAAUGUCCAGGUUUUUGCAAACAGAACAAGGAAGUGUGUGUGUGUGUGUGUGUGUGUGUGUGUGUGUGUUGUUUGGGAAUUCACCCAGAAAAGCUCAACAACUUUUUGGGCGAUUUACCCUCCGAAAAGGUCAACAACUUACAUUUCCAGAUUUUUACUUCUUGAAAUAUGGCAACCCUGCCUUAUUGGUAUCAAUGUAUGAAAGUCCCCUCUCCCCACUACUUUAUAAACUAAAGGAUUUGUGCUCAUAGCAGGCAGGACCUAGCAGGCAAGGGAAUCUGAAUCCAGGGCCACUCAGCCCUGGGGAGAAUUUGAGUGACUGAGUCAUCAACGCAUCCAAUGGCUGGAUGGCUGUUGCCAGAUCAGAAGAUGGAGAGGUGCUGUCUCUCUCUCCUGCUCCUUAUCUCCCCAGCUCUAGGCUGGCAAUGCAUAGGGUCCUAGCAUGUGCCCACCCAACCAUCAAUGGGCCAACUUAAGAUCCUUGGGCAGCCCUGCUCCUCCCAUAUUCUGCUCCCAAAGUAUACCAUUUGGGGGUCUUGUUCCAGCUACCACUGGUAGGAACACAAUCAGUAGCAGCUCCCCAACAGCCUAUGCCUUUUGGUGGGCACAAGAGAGGCUUUCAUAGCAUGGAGCCCACCACAAGCAGAUCCACGAAGAGGGACACCUCUGCCCAUUCCAAACCUCAGAACUGUCCCAGGAAAAUGGGGGGCACAUCCCAUUUUUCCUCAUGAGAGCAUGGCAGCCAGUUUUUUGGGGGGGCCCUGCGAUUUCACACAGUGUCCCAAAAUGUGUGUUUCUUGGGCACCAUGCCCCCAAAAAGCACUUUUGGGAGACGGUGAUCUCAGGCAGGUCACGUGACUCAUACAGAAGUGCAGCCCUGGAAGGUGGCAUCUCAGUUUCCCAUAAUGUCACAUUGGAGGGUAUGCCAUUCCCUAUCACCGCCACCUCCAUUUGAGGGUUAGGAUUGCUUCCCUUUGUUCUUCACAACAGGUAGGUUGUAGAAAGUUUUGACCUGGGAUAGAUAUGAAGCAGCUUUUUGCCAGGUCAGAGCAACUAUUCAUUUAGUCCACUACUCUGACUUGCAGCAGUUCUCUGGAAUUUCGGGCAGAGGCCUUUCUCAUCACCUCUCUGAUCCACUUAACCGGAGAUAAUUUCCUGCAUGUAAAGCAUUAGUGCUACUGUUGAGCUGUGACGCUUUCCCAACAGCAAUAAAGCAAUAAUGUUUUUUUCAACAAAGAACAAUGCUUAUUGCCACAGGCACAGGCCAAAGGGAAAGUGCCCAAAUAUUGAAGCCAACGGCUCGUUCUCUUGAUUUAUGGAUUUAUCGAUUGAAAAUGUAUAAAUCACCCUUCAUCGCAAAAUGGAUUUCGGGGCAGCAGUAUACCGAGAAGUUUAAAAUUACAAAAACAUUGCAAACCCAGACCAACAAUGCAGUUGUGUUAAGAGGAAUGAAACCAUCCGAGCGGCUCAAAAUAGCAUAAUCUAAAAUGCCUGGGAAAAGAAAGAAAGUCUUAACCUGGUGCCAAGAAAAAUACAGAGUAGGUUCCAAAUGUAUCUCCCUUGGAAGGUCAUUCUGUAGUUGGGGCAACCACAGAGAAGCCAAAGAUUUCAAUCUUUUACUGCCAUUUACUGAAUAAUGUUCCUUUCUUUAUAGCCUCCCCAGAUAGUGCAAUCCUAUGCAUGUUUACUCAUAACUCAUAAGUUCCAUAGAGUUCAGUGGAACUAAGGCUGUCUUACCUCACUUACCUGGGAGAUAGGGCUGUUCAUAGAUGGUUGCUAUUUUUGCGUGGGAUUCAGCCCAUAUUGGAAAAUUCAGGUUGCACAGUUAUAGUUGAUGAGAAGUUCUUGCACAGCCGUUCCCCAAAAUACCGGACUCAUCUGCAAUAAGGAAAGUAAAGGGGAGAUACACUUGCUUUGAUGCAACAUCAUUUAGCCUACCUGCAAACAACAACAACCCAAAUUAAUGGUCAUUGUGUAGCUGAUGUAAUCUGAUAUCCCUGCAAACAAAUCAGGAUGAAUGCUCAAAAAAUAGCCCAUAUGUUUAGGAUUGCAGCCUUACUCCCUGGUUCAUGUAGGGUUGCCAUAUUUCAAAAAGUGCCAUUUUUGAGCUAUUUUUUAAAAAUGGCAAAAAUGACACUGCCAAUACGGCUUGCCAUACGUCCAGAUUUCCCCAUAUAUUUUGCCGGUUUCCUCCAGGGCACUGCUUCCAGCUACAGCAUUCCGAAUAUGUCUGGACACAUGGCAACCCUAGUUAAUGUGAACAGGACUGCAGCUUAAAACUCUUGCCAAUUGUGUAAUUUCCUGUGUCGCUCUUCUCUUUUCCAUGUCGAUUUUAAUACACUUCUAAUUUCAUCACUCUCUCUCUUUUUGAAGAAAAAUACAUUCAAUCAUUUGUAGGACAAAGCAAAUGGAGAUGCAUUUCACAUUGCUAUACAUUUCUUCUCACUUUUAAAUGGCAUCGAUUUAAAUGCAGAUUUCGUGCGUGGAGCUUGGAAGCAGGGGCUUUCAAUUUAAAUGUUAAUAGAAGAGUAAACUUGAAAAUAAUAAUAAAAAAGAUCUUUGUGAGAAAGAUCACUUCCUUGCUGUAGUUAAUAUAUUUCUAUGCUGGCCCUUCUUUCCUUGUACUCCCACUGGCAACCGGCCCUGUAUUAAAUGGUCUUCACACGCACACACAAAUUAAAAUAAGAAUGUACGGUAUCUUUGGAAAUGCCUAAAUUAAAGUGUUUAAUGCCAGAGUUUGCAGGAGGCCCGAGCAGAGACCUGAGGGGCUGAUAACACAGAGAUCUCAUCCUUCAAUCUCUAGCUUGUUCCUUAACAGCCCAUUCAUCAAAAAUAGCUGUUCCUAAAGCUCUAUAUGAUUAUUUUGAGGUUGAUGCAGCAUAAUGUUCUGGUAGGAGGGAGAUAAGAGAAUAUUUGCUCACACAGGCUUGCCGAACCUUCCCUUGCUUAAAGGCAACUCCACAGUGCAGGCCCUACCAUUAGGCAGAGGGAGGUGGCUGCCUUGGAGGCAAAUCCCGAGGGGGCUUGCAGUGGCAGCAAGAUGUUGGAAGACAGAGCUUCCGCCCUGUGUCACCCCUGGCUAGCCUCAGGUAUAAUAGAGGAUGCCAUCCCAUCAGCUGUGCCAAAGUAAGACCCAUCUGCUAGUCCAGUCUGCUUCUGUACAUCAUAUGGUGAGGAAGGUGCAAUCUUGGCCUUGGCCUCAGGCAGCAAAAUGUCUUGGGCUGUUUCUGGCAAGCAGAGAGGUUUAAGUGGGUAUAGAUGUAGGGCAAAGUGAGGGAAGAAUGUGAAUUGAGAUCUACGGAUCGAUCACUAGCUCAUGGCUGACCAAUGUGGCACCCAUGGGGGCCAGUGUGCCCACCAAUACCUCCUACGGUGCCCAGGAAUGGUCUCAGUAGGCAUAUCUUCAAAAAUCUUCAGUGCAUAAAAGACUGUUUGCUCCUCCUGCUCAGUUUCUGUUUGAGAGGUGCCCAAGCAAUUUUAUGGCCUUAUCCCUUUUUCUACUCUUUUAAACUUGGAAGCCAUUAUGCCACACCCCAUGGCAGCCAUGUUGUAUUAUGCCACGCACAAUAUGGUGGCCAUUUUGUGUUAGGGAACAGGCUCCCCCUGGCUACCAUUUUGUGGCUGGUGCCUACCAUGCUCACUCAUACUUCCAAAUGUACCGACUAGCUGAAUUGGGCAGAAUGAGAUGAUUUAUAGUAGGCUGGCAAGGAUUUCCAGCUCCCACCUGUCCUCAGGCAGAGUGCUCUCUCACAUUGGCUGCUAUCUGAUUUGUAAUCUGGAUACACUAGGACAGCGGCGUAGCGUGGGUUGUCAGCACCCGGGGCAAGGCAAGUAAUUUGCGCCCCCUAACCCGGGGCAAGGCAAGUAAUUUGCGCCCCCUAACCCCUAACCUGCCGCCGCUGCCAGCUUAUUCUUGCUGCUGCCUGGUCUGGUCUGGUGUGGUUCUCUCCCGCGCUCAGUGCUGCGCUGGGCGGCCGCUGCUCUGUCCCUCCCCCAGAUAGUCCCUCGCUCUCUCUCCGCACCGCACGCCUGGCACCCACCCCCUCCACAGUGGGCGGCGACCCAGCGGCUCGGAUCGGAUUCGCAGCCAGCACUGCAGUGAGAGAGAGAGAGUGAGCCAGGUAGGGGCAGAGAGCUGCGAGUGCGAGCGCGCCCCCCCAGACGUUGCGCCCGGUGCGGCCGGCCCCCCCUGCACCCCCCACACUACGCCACUGCACUAGGAUACAUCUGCUUGUAAAGGAUGUGCUCUUCUGAUGCACCAAUGUGGGGAGCUGCCCCUGAGGAGCUCCAAAGUGGGUAGAAGACUAGCUAUGCAUUUGGACAACUCUCAAGAUACCAUAACUGCAUUCUACACAGUGGUUUGUGAGAUCAAGGUUUACAUCUAUGGUUGGAUACAACUCGAUGCCAUUUUGAAUUAAGAUGGCGGACUGGACUUUUCAAAACUGCACUGAUUUUAAGCACUGAUUUCAAAACUGCACCGAUGUUUUGGUUCUUAGAAUUCCCUAGGAACGCCAGGCAGGAGGCAGGUGUUAUUUCUUGACUUUAUUUCAUUUGGUCUGGAGUCUAUGGCAACAGCUCAUCAAGGAGCCAAGGGACUCAGAUGUCUGGGAAACCCUGGAUUAAAUUAUGAGGGGAGCAGAAGCCACAGGUUAGUGAUGGAGGGGAGACCUUCAAACAGCUAAGGGGAGCUGCUCUAACUCUGCAUCCUAAUGGGGCGUCUCCUUGUUUUCCUUGCCCCAGUCACCACUCGAACUGCUGUGUUCAGCUGGAAAGAGGAAGUGCUGAAUAAACUUUAUUGGGACUUCUUGGCUGAGAGACCCACGGGAUUUCUCCAAGUCCUGCGAUGCCAUGUUAGCAGAGAAGGCACACUUCUUUUCUAGUCUGACCUCCUUCUUCCUAAAUAGCUGUAGGGUGCUGAUUCAGCGCUGCACUGCUGUACAUACACAUUCAUUUCCCAUUGGAGGAAUUGCUCUGAAUAGACUCAUCCUCAGUGCUGACAUUUCUGAGCGGGCUGUUAUGACAUGGGAGGAAGGCUGGCCAGAUUGCAUCCGACAAGUAAGAGCAAUUCAGACAACCAGCUCACAACCCCUCUUUCACACCACUGCCAUUUGCAAGCACUGCCCUCGGCAGCGGCUAUGUCAGGCCAGGAAAUGGCAACAAACAGAAAUAUUCUCUUUCUGGCAUGUCUGAUCAUUAAUUUGUUUAUUUAAAAUGAAUACUCAUAAAUAAAGCAUUUGGCAUAGGGAGGCAAUAUGUUGUUACUUGCCACCCCCACCCCCAAUCUUUUUGUAAAUGGAGCAAUAAAUACCUCUUAAGACCUGUCGAAAGAUGGAUAGCCUAUAAUAGCCAGAUGAUGUGUCUCACUGGGAGCUGAGAUGAUCCAAGAAGUCUUACAAGAAGACUUGGUUUUUCUUUUGAGCAAUUGUCAAUCAAAUUGUUGUUGUUGUUGUUUUAAAAACUGGCUUUUAUACAUUUUAGUUGCUUUUCAGUUGUCAUGUAUUUUAUUUCCUGUUGUUCAGAGGGCAUUUUGUUUAGCAGCUUACUAUAUUUUACAAUGUGAAAUUUCCCUUGUGAUUUGGUAGGAGAUUUUUAUGUGUGGUGUUUUAUUUUGAUGUUAAGAAGGAUGCUCUGUUUAUUUAUUUUAUUAUUUUUAUUUAUUGAAUUUAUAUACCGCCCUAUGCCCCAAGGUCUCAGGGCGGUUCACAUUUUAGUUGUUUAUUGCAUUUUAUAGGAUAUCGAAAUUAUCCGGGGGGGGGGGGGUUGUUGCUCAUGGCAUAUGCCUUUUAUUCAAGAUGCGGCAACCUAUGUUGCAAACUAUUUAGAGAUUUGUUUAAAUACAAUAGGUGGAAAUUACUCAUUCUCCCCAAUACACACACACACACACACGGCAGGGGGCAAGUGAGGUCUGUCUGGAAGCAGCAACCACAAGAACAAGCCUUUAGCUUCUUAGGGUGGGACUGAAAGCAUCAGACACAGAGAGCUCCCUGCAACAAUCUGAAGACGUCCUCAUUCCACCCUAAAAAUCUGAUAGGGAAGCAGCAUGUGUUGGAGUGGCUUUAAGAGGCAAAACCUCCACCUAUGCUCAACAUGUGAGUAAAUCAUAUAUCGCAAAGUUCCAGCCAGUUUCCAGUAUCCUCCAUUGCAAAGGAAAUGUGUACAUUCUACACUCCUGGAAUUUUCACUGCUCGAAGACUUGGGGUAUAUGAGCAAGCAAUGAUAGUGAUAAAGUCAUUUUCAUGUGGUCAGUUAUCUCUCUCAAAUGGUUUUCUUUUGCAGAAGUAAUCAACUUUUGUCUGUGGUGCUAAAUAAGAAAUACCCUCCUCAUUCCCCCCCCCCUUCCUGUAUGCAAAAGAGCUCUGUCUAACUUGAAAAGAAGAGAUUUUGCAUCUCUCCUUCUUUAAAACCAACCAAACAACCGAUCUCUAUGCAAAACUGUACGGCGGUGGAUUGGGGGCCACUUGACUUUUGUAUGUUGCAGCUGCUCAGAGCGAGACUGGGAUCUUUAGUUCCCUUAACAGCAAUGAGACAAACCAUGAGCGCUAUUAACAAGAUGUCUCUUUUUCAUGUUGCAGACUUGCGCAGAAUGACAGCAGGCUUCAUGGGCAUGGCUGUGGCCAUCAUCCUCUUCGGAUGGAUUAUCGGGGUGCUGGGCUGCUGCUGGGAUCGAGGCCUUAUGCAGUAUGUGGCAGGACUUCUCUUCCUCAUGGGAGGUAAGGGGGAAAGAGGUUGCCAUCAAAUGCCAUUUUGCUUCUCCAUGUCUCCAUUUUGUAGGAGCCGCUUCCUUUCAAAGUACCAGGGGGACUGUGUCCCAGUUCUGCCAUUGCAUUAAUGCCAAUCAGCAGCAACUUGUUAAAAAUCUGGUACCACAAGCAAUUCCUGAAUUUAUAUGGCACUUUUCCUAAGGGCUCGAUUCACCUGCAUUAUGUCAGUAAUCCUGACAAGGUCGUCUGAAGCAGGGCUAGGUAGACUUCAAUCCUGUGGGAUCCAUGUUAUGGUUGUUGUUUACAAGAUCCAUCAACCACAGGCAGUUGCAAUAUAGUGACUCAGAUGUUUGGGGUAAGGGUGCGGGCAUGCCAGAAUUAAGGAACAAGACACCUCUGGGCAUAUCCUCUAUACAGGAGUUUGUAGGAUGAGGGCUAACUCAGUACACCCCAAAUCCACACCUUAUUUUCCUCUUGUUAACGGGGGUAUCUAAGGGCGCCCUUGGACAAAAAACAAGGACACCAGCCAGGAAUACCAGAGCAAAACAGCAGCCAGUGGACUUGGUCUUUAUUGAAGACUGUCGCGACAGGACUCCCACCUGCCACAAGGUGGGACAAGAUGGAAGCCCCGAACAAAAGAGCCCCCAAACUUUUAUUAGCUGCUAAUCCCCAUGUUACACCCCCCAAACUACAUCACGGUUACAUCACAGUUGCAUCAUGAAAGGGGAGGUCUGGUGGCAGUAAUCUGAGCAUCCUGGACCCUGCCCCAUGGUUCUCCUUGCCCUCCACCAAACACCCAUCAAGUGUAACAAAAGAGAUAUUUACAUUUCCCUGUUUCCCAGCCAAGUUAAUCACACCCUUUGUCUUCAUCUGGGUUUGUUAUUUCUGGAAUGGCUACCUGUCUGACACUCAGGUAUCAGGAUGCCAGGAAUUAUCACUCAGGCACAGGGGCUGCUGAGUAGCUGAGCUCACAUGUCCAUAUGAAUUUCUGAAGUUUUCCCAGUGAGCCAGUACAUAGAUACAUUUAUCAGCGAAUUGUUACAUUUGGUAUCGUGCAGCAAAGGCCCUGUGAAUAUAUAGGAAGAAACUGUGAUGGGGUGUUUUGUGGGGACAAAUCACAAAAGUCACAAAAGCGAUUGUGCUGGUUUUGGUGGUGAAUGCUCGUAAGUUUCCUUCCUGCCACCAGUCUGAUUUGGAAAACAAAUAAAGCUUUAUCUUGACAGUAUUGCUAAACAACUGGGAUUCAGAGACCUUUUUCAGUCUACUACAAGUUACUUAAAGCGCUACCAGUCAAGUCUCUGUGUGUCUCCUUCUCUCCCCCUCUUCUGCUCCUGGCCACAUGUUUAAAACCCAAAUUCAACACCCAAAUUCAGUUUGGGGCCUAGAUCCAGGUUAAGCUGGCCCUGGCUCAUCCUUGGUUAAAUCAGGGCUGUUGCAAAUUGCCAUCUUGGGCUUCAGAUAGAAUCCAGUUGGGCAUGCCAUACACUGGAUUCUACUCAGUAUGUUUGUAUUAUCAUCUCCAUGUGACAGAUGGGCGGGUGGGGUUGUGACUUAGAGAUGAAGGCUUUAGAUUUAAACAAGGGCAUGUUGACAUUAUGUUGAAAUGGAUUUUUUUUUUGUUUUUUUAAAAUCCUUUAAGGAAGAGGAUGCACUUCUGUUUAGCACCCUCACAAAACUACCAUUUCCUUGACUGUUCAAGAAAAGCCACGACAAACUGAUUUAAAACUGGUUUAAGUUGGUUGGUUUCAAUGGAACACAGUCUCACGUAAGCCUAUAGGAUGGCAGUCUAAAUCAUCUAUAACUGAACUAGGUUGAAACGAGACAUUUUGAGGAGGGGGGGUUGUCUGUGUGUUUUAAAUAAAAUGGGCUGUCAUUCAUUUUUUGGUGUUGUGAAACAAGCUGGCGUGCCACAAAAAGGUAUUGUGAGAAACGAGGUCUUCAAAACAUGAAUGUCGUGAAAGAAAGUUGAAAGUGAUCCUUCCUUUGUAGCUCUGAGUAGUUUUAUAAUAAGACCAAAUUUAAGCUGCACUUUUAUGUUUAAACAACGGCCGGCAACUAGAUAAAGAUCUUUUAAUCGAUUAACUGUCUGGCAUUUUACUGCUUAAUCAACUAAUCACAUAUUGCUGUGCCGCAGUAAUCAUGCUUUUUCUGAGGAUCUUGACUGAAGGUGACAGUUUCUUAUUGGGACUUGUCUUGAAGCAAACAAUCUUCUCCUCAUUGCUAAUCUUUAUUUUCUUAACUUGUGAAACAGGGAGUGCUGUGUUUCUCUAAGAUGUCUUAAAGAAACAAGUAAAAGUGACAGUGCUAUAAUUCUUUCCCCCCAACUAUCGUAAGUUGCCCAAUGAGAUUUUUAAACCCACCAGUCCAAAGAUGCACACGACACCUUGUUCACAAUUAUCAAUAGUGCUUUUUCACUGCCGUAGUACCUCUGCAGAAACAUUUGGCAGGGAAUAGAAUCCACAAAGGUUUCUUGGUCUGAACAAAAUUACUUUUUGGAGAACCAAAGGGAGCUUGCUCCAAAGUGCAGUAAUUUAAAUAACCGGUAUUCUUUUUAAUUCUUGUAUUAAAGCUUGCAGUCCUGAUUGGGCAGUUUUGACACUUCAUUUGCAUAAAUAGCUAAUGAGGAGUGAACUCUUCUUAGCUUAUCUCAGUUUCUGCAAGCUUUCCUUGUGAGUGCUCAGAAAAACCCUGUGAAGUCUUUUUAAAGUAUUCAUAAGGAGAAUUAGGGAGAAAAGAGGAUGAAUGUCCCAUCCACCACUUCUCCUUCUUUCCCAAGCUCAAAACUCUUACCCUUGAGACAAAGGGGGGGGGUCAGUGAAUGGUGGCAGAGAGGGCUCAUUGGGGACAUGAUAGCUCUUACUGUCAUUUCAUGCUGGGGAGCAUGGGAUCUGUUGUUCCUUCUGCCUCCUGAACUGAAUUAGAAGCCAGAGGAAACUACAAAUCCCAUUCUCCCCAGAAGGUAAUAAUGCACCUAUAAUUUCCAGAUUAGGAAAGGUCUGAUUUCUAGUUUAGAAGAAUGGGUAGGUAGUACUAGGGGUAGGGAUGGGGGAGAAUUUUUAUUCAGUUUGCAGUUAAAGGCAAACCUAGCUAAUCUGCAGGGACGCGGGUGGUGCUGUGGGUUAAACCACAGAGCCUAGGACUUGCCGAUCAGAAGGUCUGCGGUUCGAAUCCCCGUGACGGGGUGAGCUCCCGUUGCUCAGUCCCUGCUCCUGCCAAACUAGCAGCUUGAAAGCACAUCAAAGUGCAAGCAGAUAAAUAGGUACUGCUCCAGCGGGAAGGUAAACGGCGUUUCCGUGCACUGCUCUGGUUCGCCAGAAGCGGCUUAGUCAUGCUGGCCACAUGAUCUGGAAGUUGUACACUGGCUCCCUCGGCCAAUAAAGCGAGAUGAGCGCCGCAACCCCAGAGUCGGUCACGACUGGACCUAAUGGUCAGGGGUCCCUUUACCUUUACCUUUACCUUUACCUAAUCUGCACUUUAUGAAACAAAGAGAGUGUAAGCGAAGAUUUCAAAAUUUGCACUCUCUGAAUUUUGCAAUUCUGUUAUCCAGCCAAGCAAUGUGUACAAGAACACACGUGCCAAGGUAAACAUAUAAAGAUGCAGUACAUUUGCGCAUUGGGCAAAAUUGCAUACAAACAAGGAUAAAGUCACACUGAUGAAUUUCAUGAAGAUAAAUAAUAAGUUUUCAUUAAUUAUUUUUUUAAAAAAAUUGCAAACUGCUAUGGAAAUGAAUUUAAGGCGGGGGGGGGUGAGAAAAUGAAAUUGGCAGAUUAGCCCAUUCCCUAAAUAGGAGUUGAUUUCACUGUGAACUUGAUCUAAAUGCAAAGGGAUCUAGACCCAAUUUGCAGGGGGUGGGGUGGGGUUGAGGCUUUUUAAAUGAGGGAAAUUUGCGUUCUGAACUCCUCCAAUUCAAACUUUCCCCUCAUCAGUAUGAAAAGUUGCACACGCAAGCUGUGCACUUCAGCGAGCAUCGUUUCCUGCUUGCCCUGACCCCAUGAGCAGUCAGGAUGUGGCCCUGGUAGCAGAAUCCAGCUUCGUGAGAAUCUAAGCUUCUAUUCUUAAUAUUAAUUUUAUAAGCAGGCUUCCGGCUCCUGCGGUUGCCAAGAUAUGCUUGAAAAUGUGUGGGCAACGCCUGGCAAAAUCUCAGGCUCCGCAGGCACGACUGUGCAAAAUUUCUCGUGCUUGAAGUUGGAGAUAGGGCUUUGGUGCUUUGUAUAGUUUCUUACCCGCCUUGACGAGUAGGAAAGGAACAGAAUAAAUGGCAUAAAAUAGAAGGGGGGGAAGUGGACUGGAUUAUGCAAAUUGGCUCAAGUUGAAUAAUGCUCAAGCCACAAUAUUCAGCUGUGACUGAUUCUUUGUACAGAAUCUGGAUUAUGCAUCUCUUUCUAUAUAUAUAUGAGCAGACACAGUCCUGAGAGAGAUCUCAGAUGAGUAUCAGCAUACACCCACAAGAAGGAACUUCCACCUUGAUCGUGGAUGCUGCUGCUGCAUUUCUGGAAGUAAUGCUCUCCUCUGGUUCCUUGAGCAUGUUUCCUUGCUCGCAUGAGCAAACUGCUAACCUGAGCAUUUAUUCGUACAAAUGGGGCAGCAAACAGGCCACCAGAACUAUUUCGCAGCUUGAUCACUCUUGUCCUCUUUGUGCUUUGUAAACUAUUUGCUCAGACUCUGCCUUCUUUACUGCUGAUUUGCACAACUUGCUUGGGAAGCACUGCUGUGAGUGUGUGAGUGUGAUGCCAAGGUUGCAGGUUCAAUCCCCAUAUGGGGCAGCUGCAUAUUCCUGGAUUGCAGGGGGUUGGACUAGAUCAUAGGUAGGCAAACUAAGGCCCAGGGGCUGGAUCCAGCCCAAUCGCCUUCUAAAUCCGGCCCGUGGACGGUCCGGGAAUCAGCGUGUUUUUACAUGAGUAGAAUGUGUCCUUCUAUUUAAAAUGCAUCUCUGGGUUAUUUGUGGGGCAUAGGAAUUCAUUCAUAUAUUUUUUCCAAAAUAUAGCCCGGCCCCCCACAAGGUCUGAGGGACAGUGGACUGGCCCCCUGUUGAAAAAGUUUGCUGACCCCUGGACUAGAUGAUCCUCAGGGUCCAUUCAAACUCUACAAUUCUAUGAUUCCACUAUGAAAUCUAAAUAAAGAAAUGUGGAACCCAAUCUCGCCCAGAGAUCUUCAUAAACUAUGCAGCCCCUUAGUUUGAAAGGCAACUCUGGAAAUUGUCUCCUGUUGCAGAACUGUCACUAACCUCUGACACCAACUUUUAUUUUCACCACCUCUCAGUUCACUCUAACUCUAGAGCCCGAAGCGCAGGGGUCAAAUAAUGAUUUAAAAAAUAAUGCCAAACCAGGCAAUAACUGAGACAUCUCUAUUGCAGCUAUUAAUAUUGUGCAGCUUGAAGCAAUUGGUUGCAUGGAAAACUGACUCCUUUUGGAAAUAGAAAUUGACCAGACCCAUAAUUAUGAUUCAAAGCUUUACUAACCAGAACUUCGUCUCACACAACAGGUACAAAACAAUCAAUGAUACAUCCAGAAAGUUGUGGAAAACAUAUGCAUAUUCAAGCAUAGGUUCUUCUUCUUAAAUAUGUAACAUAAUUACGAUCAGAGCAAUAAAAAAUAAAAAAUAAAAACUCUGUAUCUCCCAUAGCCUGCCUUCCAGAUUAAGGCUAUUUGCUCCUGGACAGGCAUCCAUAUCACAUCCUUUGUUUUCUUCUGCUUCCAGAGAAAGACUCAAAGGCAACUCCCUUCAGGAUGGAGAUUUGCAAUGGAAUUCCCUCAUGUGAUCUAAAGUUAAACACCACAUGAGAGCUGGCAGACAACACCAACAGUUAACUAUCAACCUGUUAGAGCUCAGAGAGGGCUUCAGUAUAGCCCAAUUGAAUUUUCCAGUGUUAAACCUUCAGCAAUACAUAUGCAGGCAUUCUCCAGUUCAGUAUGCAAUUAAACAAUAGUACUUAACAAUCUCCAGUUCGCAAGUAUCAUCACAGUCUCUCAUGUAAAAAGACAAAUGUUUAUAGGAAGUAAACACUGGAAUCAGACGAGGGGCUUGAUGGGGAAAGUGGAUCCUGUAAUCAGGCAUGACCUUGUGGGCCUGGCCACACCUCUAGGCUCAGAGUUUUGAUAUUUGAGACAUGGCAUGCCCAACACACAGGAAUGCAGGAAGUGGCCUUAUACUAUUGACUGCACUGACUGAUACCACUUCUCCAGAGUUUCAGGCAGGAGUCACUCCCAACCCUACCUAGAGAUGCUGGGAAUUGAACCUGGGACCUUUUGCAUGCAAAGCAGAUGCUCUACCAUUGAGCUACAGCACUUCCAUAUGCAGAAAGAUGGGCCAUUGGUACAUUUCAACAACCCAAGAUGAGCCAGGAAGUAAGAAUUGGGAGAGUUUCCCCUUAGUGAGAGUUACAUAGGUUGCUCUGUAAUGGGGGAGUUGGACCAUUGUGCCAACUACAUAAUAUGUUUAAGACUUCAGUGAUGUAUUUGAUUUAGAACUUGUGAUGGGGGGGGGACUCUAGCACUACACCAAGAUCAAUAAGAACACAAGUCAAAUGAAUUAGAAAUUGAGCAAAUGGUAGGUUCCCAAACGUAACUGUUAACAGGGAAAUUAUCAUUAAAUGGAAAUGUUGCGCAGACAUCAAUUCUUGACCCAGCGCUAUUCAAUAUCCUUGCCAGCCAUCUGGAAGAAAAUAGAAAAUCAUUGCAGAUAAUAAACACAGGGAGUGGUGGGAUGGCAAAGAAUGACAACAAUGUCAAUUCUACAAAAUGAAGUGAGUUGUUAAGUGAGCUUCUCAAAUUCAAGGAGUGGGGAUUUUAAUACAGCACGAAAGUUGGGCUAAGAGCAGCAAAGAAUGUAAUGGCCAUUCAGUGAUUUUGCUAUGUCUCAUGUGAACCACAGACCUGUAAGAGAAGUUGAGAUAUUAUAGUUACUCAAAGGCAAAGUCCCAGAGAUACCAUUUGGAGAAAUUAGCCAAGGAAAGAGGAUUGAUUCCACACACAUAUGACAAAGAGCAGGAGCAAGACUUGGGCUUGUGUGUGCGUACACACAAACCUGCAUACCCCUUGAGCUUCAUGCUAAUGAAAACCUACCCCCAUGAAUACCUCUAGAAGUAGCCUCAGUUUCCCAACCUCUCUCUGCACAUUUUCUGAGGCCUCCAUCUACAGGUCACAGCUCAUGUUGAAGGUUUAAAUGCACUGAAGCAGAAUUCUCCGCUUCAAGCAUUUGUCUUUGACCAGAAUUGGCUCUUCAUCUUGAUGGGGCUAUCCAUUGCUUGGUGUCCCUUGUAGCACUGGAAAUGAAGGCCUAUUAGAAUGCAGACAGCCAUUUAGAGAAUUAGCAUAAUGUGAAACUAGUGGUGAUGAUAGACACAUCAUCAGGAAUCAUAUACAUAACCUCAUUAGCUGUCUUGCGUCGGAGACAGAGGCAGGCGUUUGGAAGGUUGUUUGGGGCACCCUACAAUCCCUACUGUUAGUAAAGGUGUUCUUGUUGUUGUUGUUGUUUAGUCGUGUCCGACUCUUUGUGACCCCAUGGACCAGAGCACGCCAGGCACUCCUGUCUUCCACUACCUCCCGCAGUUUGGUCAAACUCAUGCUGGUAGCUUUGAGAACAUUAUCCAACCAUCUCGUCCUCUGUCGUCCCCUUCUCCUUGUGCCCUCAGUCUUUCCCAACAUCAGGGUCUUUUUCAGGGAGUCUUCUCUUCUCAUGAGGUGGCCACAGUAUUGGAGCCUCAGCUUCAGGAUCUGUCCUUCCAGUGAGCACUCAGGGCUGAAUUCCUUAAGAAUGGAUAGGUUUGAUCUUAUUGCAGUCCAUGGGACUCUCAAGAGUCUCCUCCAGCGCCAUAAUUCAAAAGCAUCAAUUCUUCGGUGAUCAGCCUUCUUUAUGGUCCAGUUCUCACUUCCAUACAUCACUACUGGGAAAACCAUAGGUUUAACUAUACGGACCUUUGUUGGCAAGGUGAUGUUCUAGGCCCACCAAAUCCCUCCCACUCCUCCUUACCCCCCUCCCAAAAGACUGCCCCACAGAUAACACAGGUGCAUUAACCUUGCCCCUUAGGGUAACUAAAACGAACAAAUGUAAGCUGACUGUUGAUUUGGGAAAGGACGGCAUUAAGAGGUUGUGGGCGGAGGGAGAAGCCAAGAUGCAUUGCCUCCUUGUCUCCAUCCAAACAAACCUCUGCAUCCAUUGUGGGGGCAUCUGACAGCAUGAAAUGCAGUUGACUGCAGCCUACUUGGAGACAGCUUGGCAACCCUACCAUUAGGCAGCUCUCUCCAAGCACUGAUCCUGGGUGUGUUCACAUGGUUUGUGCCCCAGGGAGGACACUUCGGUGCUGCCAAUGCAGCAGCCUGCCUUCACCCCCAGAGGCACAUUCCAUUGUCUCUGGAGAUAGACAGAAGCCAACAACAACAUCACAUGGACCCUUCCAUGUCACCAAAAGGAUGUAGAGGGGCCAGGGGGACUGGGUUAUUGAGCUCCCUUGCCAUGUGGCUUACCCUUGCUCACUGCUGUUGGGGCACACCACCAUGCUCUCUCCAUGUGCACACAUCCAAUGGAUGUUGGAAGGAGUUCCACUCACAUACAGAGGUGGAGUUCCUCCAUCUGCUGGGUGUGUGUGUUUCCCCUUGGUCAGGAUACAUCCUUUCAUGAAAGAGCUCUCCUUGCAUAUAUAUGAAUUUUAUUUGGAGUAACUCUCCUACGAAGCAACUUUCCUAUGAGGAAAGCUUGCAGCAGCUGAGAUUUUUUUAGUUUAGAGAAAAGGCGUACAAGAGGCAACGUGAUAGGAGUUUAUAAAAGGAUGUGUGACAUGGAGAAAGUGGAGAGAGAGAGAGAGAGAGAGAGAGAGAGAGAGAAGUUCUCCUCCUCCUCCUCUCAUAACACUAGAAAUCAUGGACAUUCAAUGUAGGCGAAUGUUGGAAGAUUCAGGACAGGAAAAUCCUCCAUACACUUAACUUGCUACCACGGGGGGUAGUGAUGGCCACUGACCUAAAUGUCUUUAAAAGAGGAUUAGACAAAUUCACGGAGAAGAAGACUGUCAAUGGCUAUUAGCCAAGAUGGCUAUGCUCUACCACAAUGGUUGGAGGAAGUAAUGCUUCUGAAUACCCACUGCUGGAAAUCAGAGGAAAGGAGAGUACCCUUGUCCUCAUGCCCUGCUUAUGGGCUUCCCAUAGGCCUCUAGUUGCCCACUGUAAGAUGGGUCACUGGCCUGAUCCAGCAGGACCUUCUUAUGUUUUUAGAGUAGCUAUGACAGUGGGCAGCACCUCAUGCUGCGGUGGGCUGGGGCAAACUGCCCAGCUCUGUGCCCCCUCGGCACCUUCAUUCAAUGUGCGGAGGGUUUUAUGUGUGAUCCUCCCUUCUGCCCCUUGCUUCCUGCUUAGGAAGGGUUUGUUUUUGUAGGACUCAGCCCUCAAAAUUCUGCUGCUCAGCUUUGAAAAGCAAAGAUGCCCUACCAGAAAAAGAGAUCCCAAUCUUCGGACUCCCUGUGAAUUAGAAUGGAUAAUUCCUUCAGCACUCAAGCCAACGUUUUCAGAACGAAGGUUAAAAUGUUCAACAUCUGUCAAGAGCUGCCAUCUCUGGGCUUUGGUGGCUUCCAGAUCACAUAGAGGCUGCUUUGUUUUUGGAUUGGUGCAAUAAGACACACACAUGCGCGCGCGCGCGCCAUGUGAGCUGAUCAUAGCCAAAUUGACUUCAAAUCUCAAAGCAGACAGCUUUUGAAAAUUGAUGAAUUUUGUUCAGUUGAUUUCCUGGCUCUAUCUGCAGAGGCCAGAAAAAGCCAAUGAUUUGGAGCCUCUUUAAUCAGAGGUGAACUUGCUAUGUUGACCAUUUGAGGAAGACUUAAACAGGGACAGGGUUACCAGCAUCCAGGGUAUUCUUGGACGGAUCAGACCGCUGCCAGCCCUAUAUCAAACAAAUGAACAGGCACAAAAGCCAAUGUUUUCCUUCCAUUCAGUUUAUUUGCCUCUCGUGACAGUCCUCCAGGAGCACCCCUCAGGGUUGGUUUUGACAUAUGGCAUUGCUACAGAUGACUGGUCACAUUAACAGACUUGCUGCUAUGUCUUGUUUGGAACGUAAUAUAUUUCACUCUCUUUCAACUGCAGACAACUGACUGGCCAUUCUGAAUGUAGUGUUAUGUAGACCCCAGAACCUUCUUUUAUAGAGCUCUUUCCCAAUUAUAUGUAAGUUAAGUGGCCUUGCAUGGAUAUUUGGUAUGGAACAGUUGUGUUGCUGACACCAAAAACAUAAGUUUUAAAAGAAAUUAAAACCCAUUAAAACUCAAUUAAAAUUGCAUUUCUACAGAGCUUCAGAGCUAGCUGCCUGCCCUGUCACCAUCUUGACUGGAAGUGUGUUGCUGACACUGGAACAAUGGAUUUAAGGGGUGGAAUUCAGCAUAGUGCCAAGGAGAUGGUUUCAUCUAGCACAAGGAUUUCUGCUCACCUGACAAAACAAUCUCCCCUCUCCUCCUCCUGCACACUGUUCUGGGGGUCCUCCUGACCCUGCAAGCAGAUUUGGGAGCGGGGGCUUGUGGGUGCUAGCAGAACAGAUUCAUUGAAUCCAGCCCCAAUGAGUGCAAACCUAUAGCAUGACUAGAUGGCAACGGAGUUCAGUGGUGGAUUUUAGUAAUUGUGGAGAUGAUGAUGAUGAUGAUGAUUGUAUAUAUAUAUAUAUAUAUAUAUAUAUAUAUAUAUAUAUAUAUAUUAGAAUCAUAGAGCUGGAAGAGACCACAAGGGCCAUCGAGUCCAACCCCCUGCCAAGCAGGAAACACCAUCAGAGCACUCCUGACAUAUGGUUGUCAAGCCUCUGCUUAAAGACCUCCAAAGAAGGAGACUCCACCACACUCCUUGGCAGCAAAUUCCACUGUCGAACAGCUCUUACUGUCAGGAAGUUCUUCCUAAUGUUUAGGUGGAAUCUUCUUUCUUGUAGUUUGGAUCCAUUGCUCCGUGUCCGCUUCUCUGGAGCAGCAGAAAACAACCUUUCUCCCUCCUCUAUGUGACAUCCUUUUAUAUAUAUACCCCGCCCUUCCCAGUUCAGAAAACCAGGCUCAGGGCGGCUAACAACAAAUUUAAAACAUUUAAUUGUAAAAGCCGCAUAAAAUACAGUAUAAAAGCAUGAAUAACAAUAAAAUUCAAAGUUCAGAAAUCAAUUCUAAUAAGCAUUAGUUAGUCACCAGGGCUAGCUGGCUGAAGUAGUCUUACUUGGGCCAGCGAGGAGGCCAGGGGAGAAUUAGCUGUGGGGUCUCAGAGCCGGUGACCUUCAUAAAAGGGGAGGGGGAGGGAAGGGAAGGGAAAUAAAAAAUCAGGCUGAAUUCAAAUUAAAGGCCAGGUGGAAUAGCUCUGUCUUACAGGCCCGACGGAAGGAGGUUAAAUGCCGAAGGGCCCUAGUCUCAUUAGACAGAGAAUUCCACCAGGUCGGAGCCAUCACUGAAAAGGCCCUGGCCCUGGUGGAGGGUAGUUCAGCAGAUGCAAUUUACCUCCUUCUCUGCAUGCGGUGGAGGCUGGUGCAGAAGGGCAAAUAGGGAACUGCCCCACCAACCUCAGUCUAUCCUUGACCAGCCCCCACCUGUCUGCUUUCUUCAGUGGGUGCCUCUGCAUGUCAUUGGCUCUGGCUGCACCUACGUAGUCUUGGUCUCCCUGUCUUCUGCCCCACCAGUUGCAAUGGGUGCCAGCCUCUACUGGCAGUAUCUCCUGCCAAUGUUCCCUCUUCUUCCAUGCAAGUGUUGAAUGUACAGGAGACUCUGUUACGUCCGGUCACCCUAUCAAGCUGAGCAAUGUGAGGACACCACUAGCCAGGCAAGCCAUCAAGCCUCUGGGAUUUUCCAGACAGCCAAUGCUCAGGGCCUCUGAAUACCUUGAAUUGAGAAAUAUGCAGACCUACAUUAUGGUGAGCUUAUGCCCUCUUUCGUCAAGUCCCUUUGCAAAGCCACCUAUUCCAGGAAGCUCUCAAUUACACCUCCUCCUUCACUCCCAACUGCAAUGAGGGGGUGAAAAAAUAUAUGGUGAGUCCUCUGUGUAUGUCACCUUUAACUUCAGUGCAUGUGAAAAUUAUAUAUUAACUGCUUAUUGGUCAGGCUUUGAGAAAUCUAUUGUGCUCAUCUUCAUCUGAAGCAGCCCAAAUCUCAGAAAAUACUUUGUCUUGUCCUAAUAGACCAAGCUCCUGUGAAGCUCAUUUUACCUAAAUUUGGUAGCAAUCUUGAUAUGGGAAACUUCAGAAAAGAAAUAAACAUUUUGAACCAGCUUAGAUAAUACUGGUUUACUUUUUCCUCCCUCUGUGUAUGUGUGUGCACACACACACACACCUAUACCUAUAUGUAUAUACAUACACUAUGCAGUAAGAAAGUGUGGUAGAUAAACCUUAAUAUUGGCAUAGAGGAGUGCCAACUUUGUAGACAACCACUGUAGCUGUGCUUUUAAUAGCAGCUUGAUCUUCAGGCACUGGUAGGUGAUCAUGUUUAACUCCCUGCUGUGGAAAGUGUCACUUGCUGAUUUCUGCACACCAAGCAGAAGAGCAGACUAGGCUGGGCUGGGGGAUUUUCUGGUCAGUUGGCAACCUUAUUAGUAGCCUAUUUCUCAAAGCUGCAGAGUUGAAAGGUCUGCCUCAGGGAUCCCUGUGCUAUUUAAGAAAUGCAGCUCUUUAUCACCGGCGUUUUUUUUCCUUUUCCUGCCAGCUCCUAUUACUCAGCAUAACAAGGAUUUGAAUUGAAUGUUGAAUCUGAUUACAUCAAGGGAUUUGUCAAAAUGAAUCAUUUGUGGACUAUUAUCUUGUACUCUCACAUCUAGAAUCCCAUGGUGAAGAAACAGCGCUUUAGGAUGCAUUGUGUAUUGUAACUCAAAACUAUGUUUGCAAUGAGGUUUGAAAAUAAUUGUCCAAGUAAUCUUUCCUCUUUCAUUCAAAUUACAGCCUUGGGCAGUGAAUGGACAGGUCCCUCAAUUGGUUCCCAUUGAUGUUUUGCGUUCUUCUUUUGCUUUUACAGCAUACGCUUCACACUUGUUUAACAUGGACACGACAGGCCAGGAGCAACUCUUUGUAAGCCUCAUAACAUAGGUGCACAGGAAGUGGCCUUAUUUCGAAUUGAUCCAUUGGUCCAUCUACCUCAGUGCUGUCAACACCUGAAUGGCAGUGUCUCUCCAGGCCUUCAGACAAAGGGAUCUCUCCCAGUUCUGCCUUCAUUCUUUAUUUUAUUAAAUGUGCAUGGGUUCCCUUCAGUUUUUAACAAGCAAUUCUAAAAGGUGGAGAAGGGGAGGAUGUGUUUAUGAUGUCACUGGUUCCCUCCAAUCAGUGCUGCGCAAAGACAAACUUGCGUAUUUGAUUCUCCAGAAACCUUGCUGGUAUAAUGCCAGGGUGAUGCUGACGUGAUGCCUUCAUGAUACUGCUGGGGUCCCACUCCCAUCAGGCCCAGCCAGCAUGCCUAAUGGUCGGGGGUGAUGGGAGCUGUAGUACAACAACACAUGAAGGGCAGGUUUGCAACACCUGUACAGUUUCCUUGGAAGGAGAUGAGUGCCUAGAAAGGCCUUCCGAGAGGUCCAGCUUCUUUCCCACCCAGCCCUUGUCAUUUUCUUCCAUGCCCUUCCCUCCACAAGUUAAGCUCCUUCUGCAACCAUUGUCAUCUACUGACAAAAGGGAGCAGGAACACAAAAUCACACACUGGCUCCCUGGCAGCAUUAUGCAUUUCAAUUCACAAGGGACAGAGUACAUUAUUGCCUUGCGUCAUUUCUCUGCUCUGCAGUUUUAUGACACCAUUUCACUUCUCCCAAAACUCUGCUUUUGCUGACCUUUUGUCUCCGGCAAUCCCCUAAAAGCUUUUAUGCUCAUACCUGUUGUCUGCAGGCUUUUGCCAUUAGCCACCCGCUACCAGAGUGACAUGCCCCAAGGUGAGGUCAAAGCUGCAUCCAGCAAUGCUUCAUGAAUCUCACUGGCUUUCUCUAUUUAUAGGAGCAUUUGCACCGGAGAAGUCUUUCUUCUAUCAAAUCCCUUUCCUAAAAAAGGAAAGUGGGCUUUGCCUGAGUCAAAGCAUUGCCUGAUCUGGCGCAUCACCCAGCUUAGCUUAGGCUUCCUCAACCUCAGCCCUCCAGAUGUGUUGAGACUACAAUUCCCAUCAUCCCUGAUCACUGGUCCUGCUAGCUAGGGAUCAUGGGAGUUGUAGGCCAGAAACACCUGGAGGGCCGAGGUUGAGGAAGCCUGCACUAGCUGAUCCUUUAGACUAGCAAUUCCAUGGAUUGAAUUUGGAGUAUUAUGCAUGAGUAGCAUAUGCACUGCCCCUUAGCUAUGACUCUUUUUAAAUAAUUAUCCAUAAGAGCAAAAACAUAUUUCAUAAGAACAUAAGGAGAGCCCUGAUGGAUGAGACCAAAGACCUAGUCCAUCUAGCCCAGCCCACCUAGUCCAACCUAUCAAUGAAAACAACUAACAAAUAUUAGGGGUGCAUAGUUGCAUCACUAUGAAUGGCUAAAUUAUGACGGCUAAACUGCUUCAAAGUGGAAGAAUCCACAUGGGUGAAUAGGUUCCCAUCUUGCUUUCUCCCUUAUCUCCUCCCCCCAUCUCCUUCUUGUACAUGCUACAGAAAACACUGCUUUGGAAAAUAGUGGCUGCUUGGGUGUUGUUGCUCACCGUAUUAUAUCCAUGUGGCAAUAGUGACCAUGUGACAAAACCAGCUGUGAAUCUGCCCUGUUGCACUCCAUCCCAAACGCUUGUUUGAUCUGCAGACGUCCAUUGGCCUUGGCCAUGACUCUUUGGAUCAGAGAUGGGAAACCUGUAGCCCUCCGGAUGAUGUUGGACUACAGCUCCCAUCAUCCUUGACCAUUGGCCAUCCAGCAUGAAGCUGAUGGGAGUUGGAGUCCAAUAACAUCUGGAGGGCCACAGAUUCCAUACCCUUUGAUAAUGUUAAAUGGGCAACACUGAAUGUCAGCCAAUCUAAAGGUUUGCUUCUGAAAGCAAAGUAGGACCCUGCUCUUUCCCUUGCCUCUAUGAUCUGCCAUUACCAGCGCUAUAGGUAGAGACUGACGUCCUUUCUUUGCAAAACCUCCACUUUUUUGCUGGCAUGCUGAGUUCCUUGAACCCUCCAUGCCCUAUCCGGGUUAUGAAAAUCAUUUCAGUCUCUGUGUCUUUUCAGCUAGCUUAUUAGUUCAAUUUCCUACUGCACGAUUUGUUUUGUUUGUCCAAAAAUACAUCGCCAUGGGUCUCACCUGGUAGCUCAGCUCUUAGGUCACCUGGAAGCUCACUUCUUAGAAAUGACAGUCUUACGUGGUUGAAAAGCUUACUGGGAUUUUGGGAUGACUUCGUCUAGCAACUUCUUGAUCCUCCAGAAUACACUGCUUUGUCUCCAGCCAGUCUUUCCUUGUCAAUAUCUGACCUGUGAUGGAUUGUUCCCCUCGCAAGCAGUCAGGGAAAGAGAAAAGAGUGGCACCGGAGACUUUUCCUAGGUUCCCUAUCAUGGACCAGUUUUCUUGCGGCUCUUAUCCUAUAGAAAUUCAAUGCUGUUGCUACCUCAGUAUUUGCCUAAGAUGCAGAGCCUGUUUUGAAAAAAAGAAUUAUUAUAACACAUAGCAUAGCUUUAUUAUCCUGUGGUGCCUGGUGUGGUAUUGGACACAGAAUUCAUCUUUCUGAUAACCUGCCAUUUUUCAUCAAAAAGCAUGUUUCUAAUCCCUAUGGCUGCAAGCAACACCUGCCAAAAUCUUAGAAGCAGAGUGAUGACUGAAUAAAAUUUCCAGUGGUUGCGGGGGGGGGGGGGGGGCUUUUGUGUGGACAUGCAUGACUAGCAAAACCAAAGCAAAUGAUGCAAAAUAACAAAAAGAAGAAUUGCAACCAUUUCUUCUAUUUUUAUAAUUUAAACAAGAUUGAGAAGUCAUCCAGUUUUCCAUGCAAAACUUUAGCACAUACAGCCCCUGGCUAUUAGCUGAGUACAAGCAAGGGCCUUUUCAAGCGUUACACUUCACCUUAGACUUUAAGAUUUGAAUACAACAAAUCUGUUUAAAAACAGUUGGGGUUGUGCAGGUAAAGUUGUCAGGAGGAGUGCUAGGACUGGCUGCAGCCCCUUUUAAAAGUAUAUGCUUGUUGCAAACCCACAUUUGUCCUACGACGUAUGUAAAACAGGUUGUGCAGGACAGCAGCAAAGAACAACAAGCGCUGUUUGUCACCCGCUGCUGAUUCACCCAGUGGUGAUUCAUUUGAGUUGGACAUUUUGCACAAACAAUCAGCUCCGUUUCAAAGAAGGUGUUCUUAAAAAGGCGGAAAGAAUGUGUUUAAGUUGUGUGCAAUAUUUGGGGUUCUAUUUCCAAUUUGCAAAACAAGAGUGUUUCUUACCUUAAAAAAAACCUGAUAAAAUUUUGCAACGUGUGUGAUAUUUCCUUAAUAUCGAGUGCUUCCUGGCACUUGGAGGAGGUCUAGGAGUGGGGAGAAGGACCCACAAUACUCCAGAACAGUGCCUGCCUGUGCUAUUUUUUUAAAAAAGAAGAGUGAGAUGGAUAGCAAGAUACCAACUUCGCAUUUUCACUGAGGUGAGAGGGUGGAGGUGGAUCCUGUCAACGGCUAGUUUAAUGGGGAUUCAAGAUGGAUAUAACUGGAUUAUGUAACUGAUCACUUAAUCAAAACCUGGAAGCUGGCAUUGUCAAAAACACAAGGCGAGGUAGAUAAUUCACUUCUGCUUGUCAUGAUGCUGUCUGUGGAAUGCCACCACCAGCGCCAGGUAUAAGGGGUGCUUGGGCCUCCAGCCCCCUCAAUAUUUUGAAUCAGGGGGCUUGAGCCCCCCAAUAUUGAGGGGGCCAACAUCCCCCGCCAACGCCAGGUGCCUUCCAUGCACCUAAACCCCCGCCUGGGAGCCAGGAGGGGCCUGGGACCAGCAAGAGUGAAGAUUGCCCUCUGCGUGCACGCCCCAGGGCAUGCCAUGGGGAGGAGGAGGUGGAGCAAAGCAGCACCACGCUCCGCCUCCUUCUCCCCCCAGCAUGUCCCACUGGGCAGACGCAUCUCGUGAUGCUUCACGUGACAUCAUGUGAUGUGUCACAUUAUGCACCCCCUCCAAUGGGGGGGGGGACAAGUUGACGCCCCUGAGGGCCACACAAAACUGAUGCGGAGUUCCUAGGGUUAAGCGAUGAGAUCCAAUGCCCCAAAAAGCAAAGGGAGGCAUACGUGGCAUUAUCCUGUUUCAUUCCUUACAAUAGGCAUUAGAAGUACAGUGGUACAUCGGGUUACAGACGCUUCAGGUUACAGAUGCUUCAGGUUACAGACUCUGCUAACCCAGAAAUAGUGCCUCGGGUUAAGAACUUUGCUUCAGGAUGAGAACAGAAAUCGUGCUCUGGCAGGGCGGCAGCAGCAGGAGGCCCCAUUAGCUAAAGUGUUAUUUCAGGUUAAGAACAGUUUCAGGUUAAGAACGGACCUCCAAAACGAAUUAAGUUCUUAACCCGAGAUACCACUGUAAAUAUGAGCCAUUCGCACCAUAAACCUAGACAUGUUUACUCAGCAGUAAGUCCCAUUAUGUCCUGUGAGCAAGUGUGUUGAGAAUUACAGCCCCAGUGAACUUUAUCCAUGCUAUUUCUCUCCUAGGCUCUCACAGGCCUGAAGCUCUGUAGUUCAGACGCCACAGUUAUAGCUUAUCAUUCCUCGCUUCCUUGCUGCUGAGAGCCCCUCUCCCCCAAGCUGCUCCAUAUGGGCUUCUGGUAAGCUGCAGCUUCUUGGCGCAGCCUGAUGACAUCACUGCAGCACAGGCAAGGCAACUGGCUGUGUGUUGUUCCCUGAGGUACUGGAUGAACACAAGGACAUACGAAGAGCCUGCUGGAUUGGGCCAUUGGUCCAUCUUGUUCGACACACUGCUCUUAUAGCGGCCAACCAGAUGCCCAUGGGAAGGCCAUUAGGAGGAUUUGAGCACAACGGCACCCUCCCCACCUGAAAUUCCUAGCAACUGUCAGUCCAAGGCAUAGUGCCAGACUUUGGGGGUCCUUGGCACUGUGCCGCCAGUGGGUGCCCACCCUCAACACUGCUGCACACACCAUCGCUCCAAGGCAGCAGCUGCAAGUGGAGGCCAUUUGGCUUCCAUUCGAAAGUGACAUUGCCAUCUGCCCAGUGCUAAUACAGUCUCCCAGGAGAAAUUGUGGUGAAAUUGGUACAUGUUUCCAUAUGUGGUGGCCAUGCAAAGAAACAUUCACAUUCUGGUUGGAGAUUUUUAAUGAAACGAAACAAAUAACUGGCCAAAAUAUAUAUAAUGAGCCCUCAAUUGGCAUUGUUGCCUAUUUUUAACAAGUCUCAAAAUAUUCUUUUUAAAGAGUUAAUACUUUUCCUUGUUGUGGCAGCUAGAUUAAUAACCACCAAAUUCUGGAAUCAGUCACACUCCAACUUGCUGAGUCUGCGGUAUAAGGAAAUGUGGCAAACUGCUCUGAUGGCAAAUCCUACCUUUAAAGUAAAGGCUGAAAGAAAUGGUCUGGAAGCAGAUAAAUUUUGUGUCAUGUGUUACAAAUCUAUUGCAUAUAACCAAGUCUGAGGGCAUUCUUCACCCUCCCACAACUCACAGAAUACUAGUUUGUUUUGUUUGUUUCAUUUGUAACUAUUGUUGUUCUGGUUGUUGUUGUUGGGAUUUUUUUUUACUUUUAAAAACCUUAAACUUGUUGUAAUAAAUAUAUAACAGUCUCCCAGAGGCCUGGCUAGGAGGACAGUAAGGUGACACAGCUAGGUCAGGCUGGUGAGGGGCUCUUCUGAGCUGCUGGGGCCUUCAACUGAUGGCCAACCUGGUCAACUCCUGGUGCUGGGCAUGUUGUUUCACUUCAGCAAGGUAGUGGCCAAAUGUGCCUAGACCAGACUCGCCCAGCCAGUUACUCUAACCCCCAACUAAAAACAGAGCAAGCAAGUUUUGGAGAUUAAUCACUACACAACCUCUGAUUGCCAUGAUGAUUUCAAAAAUAGGCCAUUCAAAAGAAAAGUGCCUUGUGUGAGAGAAGGAGUAUAGCUGGCUGGGAUUUUUUUUAAAAUAACCAGACCAAUAUCAACAGCCAGAAUGGUGGUAGGCGGGAACAGCAAACAUCAGACGCUCAAAUCAAUUAGGAGUUCCUCAUUUUUACAUGAACACGGAGAUAAAAGAAGGAUGUUGGAUUCAAGCAACAAUCAGACCAAUCCUAAGCAUAGCUGAGUGUGACUAAGCCUGUCAAAAUUAAUGUGCUUAAGCACACCUAGCUUUGCAUAGGAACAGGCUGCUCAGCUGAAACCCUGUGCACUUGGAAGUCAGCCCCAGUGAAGUAAGCCUAGCAAUGAGCUUUGUUAGGGUGCUUUUUAUUGUAUUUUAGAUUUAGCAGAAACUCACAUGCAGACUGUUGCAUGUGAUAUAGGCGUUGUUUCAUCUCAAGGCCUCUUCAUACAAUGGAAAUUCACGUGGAGGCAUGUCAUACCUUACAAGCGACCUGUGCAUUUCCUAUGAUUCUCUACAGAGAAUUACUUUCCUUCUGGAGAUCUGUAAUGUAUAAACUAACCCUCUUUGCCAUACCCUACCAUGGAGAGGUUGUCCUUCAAGAGGCAAGGCAGUGCAGCUCAGGUUCCCUACGCGUAAACUGAGGAGGCAUGCAGUUAAGUGGCAAAUGAAGUGUGCAUGUAAAGUACCCCGUGGAUGUGUACCUCGUGUUGAAUCAUCUGGGUCUCAGAGUUAAGUUGCUUUGAACCCUUCAUGUGUUUGUGCAAAAAGAAAGGAAGAGGAAGAAGCCUUGCUACAGGGAAGGGCUCAACAAAGAAAAGAAUUCUGUGAAAUGCUGAAUGGCUCAGCGAAAUGAUUUAAGCUGCAGUCUUGUAUACUGUUCAGCAUCCAUAGCUCUGCAAUUUUCUUCAUGGACUGUGUGGAGGGUGUUAGCCUUCAUAAGCGUUCAGAUAUUCCAGUCCCCAUAGUAAACAUGAGUGGAGUUCUGGAUUUGGUGCAUGUUAGUCAAUGUGCAGAGAUAACCAAGUGGGGUGGAAAUAAAGUUAUAAUAAUAUUUUGCAUUUGUGUUUGCAAGUGUUUAGAACGCUUCAUGUAAAUAACCUUGUUGUGACCUUUUAACAGGAGUGGGGACCCUUUAGCUUUUGGGUGGUUGGACUCACAGGAAAUGAAAGAUGCACUUGACCAGGCAAAUCUGACUGAUCUGAUCUUGGUUCUGCCUCACAAAACCUAGAUCACAGGAAGGUUCCUUGCAGACAAUCAAUAAGUCAAAUUGCGUAAAACAAGUAUGAAUUGCCAAGCAGUAAUGCUGCCACCUUUUCCCCAACCCCUGACAGAGACUUUGCAACUCUAACACCUGUGGAACAGGCAGAAAUUCCACAGGUACAGAUUUUUCCAGCUAAAGAGAAGCCAGGAUGGAGAAGCUAUGUUUGUUGGAUUUCUGCCUGUCAUGCAGCUGUUAAAAUAUUUGGAGAAAAAUGGUGAUUCCCCAGUUGCAUUCCUUGGCAGUUCUUCAGCAUUUUACUGUCACAGAAACAUUCAGAAGGAAAAACUUCAAAUGCUGUUUGUUUUUCUUUGCUGUUGCUAGACAGACAGACACACAAAGGGGGGGGAGGAAUCGCAUCUCACACAGUGCUGGACCCUCUGCACAGCCAGUAAAUCAUAGCAACUGCAUCAAUGCUACCUUUCAGGAACAGAAGGCAGAAGGAUCUUUGGUCCAAAGAUGUAAGAAGCUGGAGCAUAAUUUGUCAUUGACCAAAGAUAGUGCAAGUUAUGCUGAGAUGACUGUUAAAUCCAGGUUUGUUUGGGGGUUUUUUCUAGCUAACAGCCCUUCCUCUGCCAACAUAUAUUUCAUUGCAUCCUUUUACACAGAGUCAAAGAUUUCAAAGAUGUCCAGAGCAGAUUGGAGUUGCGGGGGGGGGGGGGGAACGAUGGGACUGUCAUGUCAUUAUUAAUAUUUGGAAAAGUCAUGUGUGAUGUUUGUACAGCUGGGUUCCUUACUAUGAGUAUGCACAGUGGAAUAUUCAUGUGUAGGAUUGUUACACCUUACAAUCUAAAUACCAGUUUCCAGGGAUUUCCUGCAUGGGUACAUCUUCCAUGUUGGGCAUCUAUCAUGUGUGAACCAGCCCACAGCUCUGUCUUUUUUUUUGCAGUGCUUACAUAAUGCUUGGCAGCCUUCUCCAACCUAGUGCUUUCCAGGUGUUUUGGACUACACCUCCCAUCAGUCCCAGAGUUUGGCCAAUGGUGAUGGACAAUGGAAAUUGUUGUCCAAAACUUCUACAAGGCACCAGGUUAACUUAUGGUAUACAGCAGUGUGUCCCAAACUUGGGUCUCCAGCUGGUUUUUUUAAAAAAAACUACAAUUCCCAUCAUCCCUGACCACUGGUCCUGCUAGUCAGGGAUGAUGGGAGUUGUAGUCCAACAACAGCUGGAAACCCAAGUUUGGGAGACACUGGUAUAGAGGAUGUACUAUAGGCAAUUGAAUGGCAUCCCACUUCACCAGUUCCUAUGUCAGGACUUUCCCUGAGCAGCAGACUAAGCUGCUAUUCAGAUACAGGGUGGGUGUGGAUGUGCAGCCAGAUACAUUGGAUCUAUGGCACUAGAUGAAGAGGGGCUAGAAGCUGGUCCAGGCCCCAGCAUCACAACCAGGCCUAAGCUCUGGCCUUACUCAUCAGAUUGAGGGGUACUUGAGCCAACUGUCUCUGAAUCAUGAUCUUUGUAGCCUAAACCUCUUGAGAAGCUGUUCCCCUCUGCACCAGAGACUCCUACACAUCCCCAUGCCAGCCCUCCAGUACAGGCAAUGAGCUGGGAUGGUGUUGUCUAAUAUGAGAUGGUGUGGUGGGCCCCCAUUAAGGCUUUCCACUCCUCAGGAAGCACUGGAGCCUUGGAGGGGUGAAGCAUUAAAAAGCUUCAGUCCUGUUGUGGACUUGAUUGGAACAAGUUUCUUCCUUGGAGCUCUCCAUGGUGCUGUAACUUCUGACUUGCCUUGCUCCGUUGUAGGCUUCUUGUCAAUGAUCAGAUCCACACCGUCAAUUUUAAAACACUCUUGUAGCACUUUAACAGUCAUGGCUCCCCCCCAAAAAAAGAAUCCUGGGAAUUAGAUUUGGGGAAUCCAGGACCAGGAAAGACUUCUGUCUGAACUUGCUGGCAGUCAAUGUACAAACGCUAAGCUAGAUGGAGUAAUGAUCAGACUCUGUAUAAGGCAGCUUCCUGUGUUCCAGUUCACAGUGUCAAAACUCAUUUGUGAGCUGCAUGCACUGCAGGCUACAAGAAAUGGUCACCUGAUUAAUUUGUCGAGUGGCCAGACUAAUUCUUCACUAUGGGAUGAGCAGAGUAAUUUUCCCCACACUUCAGCAGAGGCUGAAAAUUGAUCCAGGCAAGCAGCAUAACGACCACAUGGCUGCAUAACUCUGAGGGCAGAUAGAGUGCAUUUUCCUCCACGAUGCGGCUAGGGCCAGUUUUUGACCACACCAGUGAACCCAGGCCAUGGUUGCGACACUCAGAUCUCUGGAGGGAUGAGGAAGGUCAAUCAUUAUUUUGUGUUGCUCUCUCCUGUAGUAUCAGAUCUUUGACUUGAGACCCACAUAGCAUUUCUUACUGCGGGGAGGUGAUUCUGAUGCAGGUCCUUCAUCUUGGGAAGUGGCAGUUCCAGGCCAAAAUGAGCAGAAUGUAUUCUUCUGGGGACACUAAAAAACUAAGUCAUGGCAAGCAAAUAAUGGGACUACUGGCAAUUUAUGCUCCUUGCUAAUACUGCCACCAGGCAUUGCAUCAGCUAGUAUUUUCAAAUAAUAGAACCAUUAAGGCUAAGGAGGAGGAGAAAUCUGAAGCAUCAACCAAACGUGCAACAGUGGAACUGAAAUGAGACCAGUAGAAUCCAAGGAUAAAAGUGUUUCAUCCUUCUUCUUCUUCUUCUUCUUCUUAUUAUUAUUACUUCUGGUAAUAUUACAGAAUUUGUUUUGGUUCAGGCCAUGAAAGAAUUGGUAUGUUUAACUGAGUUGAAAAGUUAUUAUCCUGCCACAGAAAUAAAUAAUUUUUAUUUAAAAAAAGCAUUCUUAGGCUAAAAUAACUCCUUCUAGAAACCCAAUGCCCAAUUUGGUUCAAACUUAAUUCUGGACAGCCACUGAGAGAAGGACUUAUUUUAGCCUAAGAAUCAUGAUAUGCCUUGUGGAAGUUGUGGAGCUUUGCCCAGCUUUUUAAUGGUCAUGUGUCCAGAAGAAACUGUUGGUAUCAGCUGACUCCAGGGUCAUGGCACCCAGUGAGGACUGAGCAUGCUCAGUGGGCAUGGAAUGCUGGAUGGGUAUUGGAGGAAUGGAAAACAGGAAGGAAGGGGAAAUGGGAUAGAGUAUCCUGGGUGUGGCUGGUUGGUUGGCACCCUGAAAGGAGCACUCCACAUUGCAAUAUUUUGAUGCAGAUCCUAAUUGUAGCAGCAGCUGCAGCAGUUGUAAUGUAGUUCAAUAUUAUAAUGCUUUUUUUUAAUAAAAAUUAUUUAUUUCUAUGGCAGAACGAUAACUUUUCAAUUUAGUUAACCAUACCAAUUCUUUCAUGGCCUGAACCAAAACAAAUCCUGACACUUGAACUUGCUCCAGAAUUUGAUGUAUUAGUAUUAAUGGUUUGGCUCCCUGAAUCCAAUUUUGUACUCUAGUAUUUUUGGGGGGAGGGGACGUGGGUGGCACUGUGGGUUAAACCUCAGAGCCUAGGACUUGCCAAUCAGAAGGUCGGCAGUUCAAAUCCCCGUGAUGGGGUGAGCUCCUGUUGCUCAGUCCCUGCUCCUGCCAACCUAGCAGUUUGAAAGCACAUCAAAGUGCAAGCAGAUAAAUAGGUACCGCUCUGGCGGGAAGGUAAACGGCGUUUCCAUGCGCUGCUCUGGUUCACCAGAAGCGGCUUAGUCAUGCUGGCCACAUGACCCGGAAGCUGUAAGCCGGCUCCCUCAGCCAAUAAAGCGAAAUGAGCACUGCAACCCCAGAGUCGGUCACGACUGGACCUAAUGGUCAGGGGUCCCUUUACCUUUACCUUAUUUUUUUUUGGGGGGGGGAGAUGUUUGAGUAAACUUUCAAGUAACACAGGAUUCUUCAGAAGAAGAAGGAAAAGGAGGAAGGAAAAGGUCUGCAAACUCCUAAACCUGCACGUCCUCACCAGUAGAAGUUGGUCUUCUUAUCUCUCUGUUCUAUAGAUAAGGCAGAGUUCUCUCGUUUCCAAGGUUGCAAACUGACAAAUUUCAGCUACCCUCAAGUAUCACUUUAAAAAUAAAAGCCAAAGUCAGAUUCAGAGAUACCAAUCUCCUUUUUAAGAUUAGAAAUGGGGCUAUUAUACGUAUCCCAUAGAAUGGAUGAAUGGGUUAUGCUGCGGUGAGGUCAAAAAAGAAAGGGUGUUAAAAGUCCCUUUAUUGCUCUGGAAGCUGUUGAGUCCUUCUCUCCCAAUAAUGAAGGUCAGCUCAAAUUAUAACAGAGGUCUUGAUGAAGUUGGAGAUGGGCUGCUACCAAGGUUGAAACUCUAAUGGGCAUUAUGCUUGGAGAUGGAAGAUCAGGGUUCAAAGACUCAGAAGAAGUUCAGUGCUCCUAUCUCCCUCUCCCUCUCAUACACACACACACCUCAGACUUUUCAAAACCUCGGAUCAAGCUAUCACAUAAACUCAGUGAUCAUAGGUCAUAUUCACACCAUAUAGUUACAGUGAUAUGUUAUCUUUAAAGAGGCAUGGCUUCCCCCCCCACCAAAGAAUUCUGGGAGCUGCAAUUUGUUAAGGGUGCUGAGAGUUGUUAUGCAACCCCUGUUCCACUCACUGAGCCACAAUUCUCAGAAGUUCUGGUGAAGAGGGACUGAUUGUUAAACCACUCUGGGAACUGUAGCUGUCUGAGGGGAAUAGGGAUCUCCUAACAACUCUUCACAGGGACGCAGGUGGUGCUGUGGGUUAAACCACAGAGCCUAGGACUUGCCAACCAGAAGGUCGGAGGUUCGAAUCCCUGUGACGAGGUGAGCUCCCGUUGCUCAGUCCCUGCUCCUGCCAACCUAGCAGUUCGAAAGCACGUCAAAGUGCAAGUAGAUAAAUAGGUACCGCUCCGGCGGGAAGGUAAACGGUGUUUCCAUGCACUGCUCUGGUUCGCCAGAAGCGGUUUAGUAAUGCUGGCCACAUGACCCGGAAGCUGUCUGUGGACAAACAGUGGCUCCCUCGGCCUAUAGAGCUAGAUGAGCACCGCAACCCCAGAGGCGUCUGCAACUGGACCUGGACCUAAUGGUCAGGGGUACCUUUACCUUUUUAACAACUCUUCACACUCUUAACAAACUAAAUCUCCCAGAAUUCUUUGGGGGAAGCCAUGCCUGUUUAAAGUGGUAUCAUAGAGAUUUUAAUGGUUUAGAGCGAAUGUGGCCUUAGGAAGCUGCCUUGUACUGAAUUGGUUCAUUAGUCCAUCUAGAGCAGUAUUGUCUACAAUUUCACCUUGGCACAGUGAGCUGGUUUCUAUACACAUUCACACACCCUUCUCUGUCUUCCUAUCAGGAAAAGAAGAGCCAGUGUUAUUCCAGCCAGGCAAAUACACUCAAAAGGGGUGCAAAUCUCAGACGCUCCAGGUGUCCCCAUUUUUCAGAGACAGUUCUGGAUUUGCAGAAGCCGUCCCGGUUUCUGAUUUGAUCCCAGAAUAUCCCGCUUUUCCUUAGGAUGUCCCUAUUUUGAUUGAAGAAACAUUGGAAGGGAUGUCUCAAAUUUCAUCAGAAAAAUAUUGACGGGUAUGGAAUAGGACGUCCCUAUUUUCAUUGGAGAAAUAUUGGAGGGCAUGGAAUAGAAUGUCCCUGUUUUCAUUACAGAAAUGUUGGAGGGUAUGAAAGCCGAGUCAGUAGGAGGUAUGUAUGGCUAGGGAGGUAAUAUGGACUAGCGAGUGUCUCAGAGAGGUCAGACAUAGAGAUUUCGAGGGCUGUAUUUGGCCCCCAGGCCUUAGGUUCCCCACCCCCAGUCUACACUGACUGGCAGUGGCUUUCCAGGGAUUCAGACUGGAGUCUUUCCCAGCCCUAGCUGGAGGUGCCAAGGAUUGAACCUGGGACCUUCUACAUGCCAAGCAGAUGUUCUGCCACCGUGAUACGAUCCUUCUCCUCUCUCACACACACUCUGUUUGUUCAGUACUGAGAGAGGCAGCAAAGGCUUGACAGACAGCCACACAAUAGCGGCAAGCUUUGGAGAAUCACACCUUGUACAGGUCCAGAUUACCAUCUGCCAAGCUGUUUUAGCAAGACAGCAAGCAGCCAUUUUUGCCUUCUCAGUUUUCCCCUCGCCCUCUCCGCUGCCACAAACAUGGAAACAGACACAGCCUUGGUCACACAAAGGUUUCCACACAUGAUUUUACAGUGUGUGCUUGGCUGAGGGAGGCACACAGCUGCUCUUGUUGCUGGGGAACCUGUGUUGAACUGGCCCAAAUUCACCAUACUAAAACAAUCUCAGUCAGUCUAUUGUGAUUAUGGUUCCUAGAGUUGUGUGUGUGUGUCUAUAUUCUAAUCCAGGAGGAUUUGUGAUCUCACAUAGCACAGUCCCUGCAUCAGCCAAUCAGGACGCUUCCCCUUUUCCAAGGCAUUUUCAUAAAUAAGGGCAGAUUUAAACUAAACCCUAUCUGCCACACGCCCGUCUGUUAGCCGAUGAUGAGGCUACAGUGUGUAAUUAAACAAUCAUUUAUAUUCCAUGCAAGUGCGUGCCAAACAAUGAAGCGCUCUCGAGAGCCUUGUGCUGCUGAGGCAUUUAAUCCGCACACAGAAGGCGCCUUGCUUGCUUCAGAGCUGCUCUGGCAGAAUGGGCCUUGUCACCACGCAGCAGGGAGGGAGUGGAGUUUUAUUCUUCAAUAAUUUUGAUAAGGCUGCAGAAUAAUUUAAGUAGCUAAUAAGGAUGCUGAAUUUCUUGGGCCAGGUCCAUGUGCACAAUGUUGGAUUGCCUUGCACAUAUUUGGGGGCUGGGGAGGGCAGAUAGAAACUGGUUAGUGAAGGAGCAUUGGGCCUACCUAUUGAAAUAUAUACAGGAGCAUCCAAAACCAAACAGACAGACAAAUACAGUGGUACCUCAGGUUAAGAACUUAAUUCGUUCUGGAGGUCCGUUCUUAACCUGAAACUGUUCUUAACCUGAAGCACCACUUUAGCUAAUGGGGCCUGCUGCUGCCGCCGCACCGCCGGAGCACAAUUUCUGUUCUCAUCCUGAAGCAAAGUUCUUAACCCAAGGUACUAUUUCUGGGUUAGCGGAGUCUGUAACCUGAAGCGUCUGUAACCUGAAGCAUAUGUAACCUGAGGUACCACUGUAGACAGACGGACAGAUGGACAGACAGAUGGACAGACAGAUAGAUAGAUAGAUAGAUAGACAGACAGACAGAUCCAGCAAAAUUGGACUUUUUCAGUAAAGAAAGAGAUGCAGAAAUGCACUGGAAAGUGUGGUAUAACAAUUAAAAUCACAGAAUUGUAGAGUUGGAAGGGACCACGAGGGUCAUCUAAUCCAAACUUCGACAAUGCAGGAAUCUUUUGCCCUAUGUGGGGAUCAAACCCAUGACCUGGAGAUGAAGAAUCUCAUGCUCUACCAACCAAGCCAACACUUGAGAUAAUUGCUUGACACAACAUCACAUAACCUCCCCAUAAAGAAACCGGAAUUAAAACUCCGUGAACAAGUCUAGGGUGAAACACAUUCCUCUUCAGAGCAGGCCUGCUGAAAUCAGUCGACCUGACUUGUCCAUUGGUUUCAGUUCCCAGAGUAGUUUAACAACCAAUUCCUCUUCCCAAGGUACUCUGGGAAUUGUAUCUCUGCAAAGGGGUAACAAACUCUCUGCAAAGGGCAAACAACUCUCAGCACUCUCAACAAACUACAGUUCCCAGGAUUCUUUGGGGGAAGCGAAGACUGUUUAAAGUGGCAUGAUACCACCUUGAAUGUAUGCCACAGAUGGGGGGAAAUUCUGACUUGGUUUAAUAAGAGAGCUCCUUAUCUCCUUCUUAUAUUUUACUUGCUGCAAUCCUUCACUAAAAUCUUUGGGGGAUUUGGAAUUGAAAGGAAUCCCAGCCUCCACUCUUUGGGGAUAGAAAAAGAGCUGGCAUUCUCAUUUAGGAGCAGAGUCACAAAGCAACGGACCUUAUCACAGAAAAAACGAUGUACCCAGACUAUCAACAGGGAGCAGAGAAUUAGGCAGGUCUCUGGAGCCCGGAGUCAGAACUUCUAGCUACCAGUUUAAGCAUCUCUGAAUCAUAUUUUUGUUGACUUACAAUUUCAUUUGCUAGGAUGGACCACAAGUGAAAAUUAAAUUUGGGAAAUAACAGCCAGCCAAGCAGAGCCUCAUAGAUUAGGGGCUUACAUAGCUCACAAAAGGCAAAACACUUGCAACCAGGAAACAAAGUUUAUCUCCCUCCCCUGUCAAGGAUUCUGCCUUUUGCCCCAUUCAGCCAGUUCUUAAUAUUUAUUCUCAGUUCCUCUGGCAUGCUCAGUGUAGAGUGCCACUUGCUAGAGUCAGGGAUGGUCAUAAAUUGGGACUGGGAAUGAGGCAAAGGGUAAUCUGACCCUGUUUCUGUAGCCAGGGACUGCCUAACAACCACUACUGCUCCAUGGCCUUCUGGGAUGACCAAAGUAUGACAGCCUUCCAGAGAUCCACUAGUACAGAGCACCAGAGCUGUGGGGCCACCACAGAGAAGGCUCUGUGCCUUUUGCCCAUCAACCUCAUCUUAGUGGGUUUCUGCAGUGAAAUAUACCAGUAUACCUGAAGGAGCGUCUCCACCCCCAUCGUUCUGCCCGGACGCUGAGGUCCAGCGCCGAGGGCCUUCUGGCGGUUCCCUCAUUGCGAGAAGCAAAGCUACAGGGAACCAGGCAGAGGGCCUUCUCGGUGGUGGCGCCCGCCCUGUGGAACGCCCUCCCAUCAGAUGUCAAAGCGAUAAACAACUACCUGACAUUCAGAAGACAUCUUAAGGCAGCCCUGUUCAGGGAAGUUUUAAAUAUGUGACAUUUUAGUGUAUUUUUGGUCUCUGUGGAAGCCGCUCAGAGUGGCUGGGGAAACCCAGCCAGAUGGGCGGGGUACAAAUAAAUUAUUAUUAUUAUUAUUAUUAUUAUUAUUAUUAUUAUUAUUAUUAUUUUUAGUUUGUUUGUUUGUUCAUUAUUACAUCUAUAUCUUAUUUCCAUCCAAGGAUCUCAAGGUGGCCUACAUGGUUCACCCCUGUCCUAUCUCCAUGGUAUCCUCACAACAACCCCAAAGAGGUAUUUUAGAUGGUGGUCACAUGGAGUCCAUAUAUUUAAACUGCAUGGCUUCCCCCAAAGAUUCCUGGGAACUAUGUUUGUUAAGGGUGAUAGCAACUAUAGCCCUGUGAGGGGCAAACUGCAGUUUUCCCAGGAUUCUUUGGGGGCAGCCAUUUUGUGUUGAAUGUUCUUUAAAUUAUGGUGUGAAUGUGACUUGUAACUGGUCCAAGGUCACCCCGUGAGCUUCAUGGCCAAGUGGAGAUUUGAACCCUGGUCUCCCAUUUUGUUCAACACUCUAACCGCUGUUCCACACUGGUGUGGUUUCCCCAGCCGCUUCACCCAACUCCCUUCUUUUUUCACACAGUGGACAACUAAUUGCUCUUUACUUUUUGGGUACAUUUUUAUAGAUUUUUAAUACAUCCUAAACAUCGAAUCAAUUGCUUAAUAACAGUAAUUGGCAUAAGUAAGUCAAACCAUUGUGUCAUAAUAAGGAAUGAAGAAACAACAAAUACAAACAAAGAACAAUCACUAAGCAAGUAUUUUUUUAAAAAAAUGUAUAUGGUAAUCUUCAGGGAUCAUAUCAGGUAAGUAUAGCAACAACAAAACAAUCUGUUUUAUAUUGCAGGUUCAGGAAAAGGGGGGGAAAUAAUGGAGAGUAGAAGACACAUAAAGAGAGAAAAAUAACAAACCAAGACACUUCAGAUUAACCUGAUUGCUUUUUAUAAGUCUAACCUAUCUCCAUCCUCCUCUUCCCCCUUCCUUCCUUUCUUCCUUCCUUCCUUCCUUUUCCGUCUUCUCCUUUUCUUCUCCUUCUGCAGGAACCUUCUGCAUCAUUUCGCUGUGCACCUGCGUGGCUGGGAUCAACUUCGAGCUCUCCCGAUACCCCCGGUACCUGUAUGGACUUCCAGACGACAUCAGCCAUGGCUACGGCUGGUCCAUGUUUUGCGCAUGGGGAGGCCUGGGUCUCACUCUGAUCUCCGGCUUCUUCUGCACCUUGGCCCCUUCUGUUCAACCUGUCCCCAGGACCAACUGCCCCAAAUCGAGACCUGAGAAUGGGACAGUGUGCUAA